CAUUUAAUAUAUAAAGGACUGAGAACCUGUUUUGUGUGAAGUAUAAACUUUAUCAUCAGCCUGAAAAACUGAAAUUUCGUAUAAUUAUCUAAAGGAUUUUGUGAUAAUUUUAAUCCACAGGAGAAAUAAUUUCUUUUGAAUAUGGCUGCGGGAAUGAAUAUUAAGUGGUUUUGUGUUAUGCUCUUAGUUUACGUCGAGUAAACAAUAAUAUUCUGCGCUUAUACUUCAAAUUAUCAAACUAUCAUGGACACUUCCAAAGCUAUGUCCUCUAUUAGCAGUUUACCGAAUGAGCUAAUUACAUUAAUAUUAAUAAAUAAUGAACCUAAAGAAAUACUGAAUUUUGGUUCAACAUGUAAAAAAUUCAAUGAAAUCGUAAAUAAUAAUGAGUAUCUUUGGAGGAUUAAAUAUUCCGAAAUUGUUCCAAGAAGAUUUAUAAAAAGUCUGUUUGAUGGUACCAUGUUACAAGAAGUCAAAAAUGUCUACAAAAUCAGAAGAAGGAUUCAAGAGGAACUGAAAGCGAUGUCGCCUAAAUAUUAUGUACAAGUGAAUGAAGUGUCCGUGGAACAUGUAAGAAACUUCUAUGCGAUUGCAACAGAGAGUCAUCAUAGCUUCUAUUACACAAUUUUCAUUCUACAAGAUAUUGUAGACAAGUCUAGAAGAAUACUCCAAAACUUUGAGUGCAUUAAUCCAAUAAACAACUUGACUGGCAUAUAUUAUGCCAAAAUUGUUCUUCGUCACUUGAUACACAUGUUCCUAUCAAUAAAGUGGGUACGGGAAUUGAAGAGAGAUAAUUUGACUCCUCAAGUUGUUUUAAUGUUUUUCUUGCAAUGGAUCGAUUGUGAUCAUUUGUAUUCGGAUGGAGAAGUUUACUAUCAGAUACAUACUUUAGUUGAGAAAGUUAAAAAUAUACUGGAUAAAGUUUGUCCAAGUGGCAGUGGUGACAAUUAUAAAGAACUCGGUGAAAGGGAAAUUUUGAGAGCUAUAACGCAUGUAAUCUAUAAACAGGAAAACUUUUCAAUAGCCGAAAGUGUCAAAAUUUACAAUUUCAAUAUUGUAAAGGUUAUAGAAGAGGGUGACGGAGAAGCAGUGGUGUAUUCAGCAAUUUAUCAGGCAGUGGCCAGAUAUUUUGGUAUAGAAUGUGAAAUGGUAGCAUUCCCUAACCACCUGUUCCUCACUUGGCGUGAUAAGGAGAAUUCAUACAGGGAAUAUACUAUAGAUCUUCACACCGGCCAAUUAAAACCCAAAGGGAAAUGUCCAUACAGUCAGAAAAUGACAUUUGGCUAUGGACCGGACCCCUUGAUACAUUAUCUACUGUCACUGUAUAUGACUUCUAAAGGAUCUUACAGAGAUAGUGGUUCCCAAAACGCGAUUCAUAUCUUGGAUUUCCUGUCAUACCGCAGAAUACACAGAACAAGGAACCCAUAUGAAAAUUUCUAUAACUAUUUGAUGGUUAACAUCAACGAGCAAGAGAUCAAUUCACCUUUGCACAUGGCAUAUCUGAGCGAGUCCCAAUUGAAUAUGAUUCGUACUUUAGGGAACUUAAACCCAGCCACAGAAAAUGUCAUAAGGAACAUUGUUCCAAAAAAACAUCCAUCAACAGUUAUAUACGCUGUGGGUAUGUUGUGUUAUCACGAAUUAUAUAACUAUAUGUGUAUAAUUGUGGGAUGGGAAGAAGAUUGUUCGAAGGCAGUACCUCCUAUAGAGGGAGUACAACCUUGCUACAGAGUCAUAGCCGGGGAUCAAUCCAUAAGAUAUGUCGCUCAAGCACAUUUAAAGCCAGUGACCACGCCAUUCAGGAUCCCAAGUCUGGAGGAAGAUAUUUCCACUGAUUUCACACAUUUCGACGGUUACACUUACGUGCUUAACGAAAUGAAGAAAAUUGAAUAUCCUGACGAAGAAAAAGUGGUUGAAUCAUACAAAGGGAUUCUCGUUAAAGCCAAUGUCGGUGAUGCUUACGGAUAAAUAUCUGUAUGCCGUACAAAAACUACAUACGUAUAUGUAUAUAUAUAGUAAAAUUAAGGAUGCUAUUUAUUUUUAACUUAUACGGUUUCAUCUUGACAUAAAACGUUUGUAACAUUGAAUGUUGGGAACGCCGAACGAUUAGACUUAGAUCGGGAACUUUUUAAAACUUUAGACAUUUUUAAAACGUCAAAUGUAUGACAGAUCAUUAUCAAUGUUCGACGAAAAAUUCGGUGUGCAAUAUUCUUGUUUGUUGAAAGACUUGGCUAUUAAGAAUUUUUUUUUUUAGUAUAUUAAAGAGUUUUAACAAUAUCAGACGAUUAAUUAACUUUGAUGCUUAUCAAACUUAGCAACUAGUUGAAUGCUUUACAAUAGUUCUACAUGGGUGGUUUUAGAAAUUGCAAUUUUCUUAAUUUGUGCGUGGGAAAUAAAAUUUUUACUCUAUAUAAAAAAUGGGCGGGGUCAAUUUUCACGGUGUAUAUACUAUAUAUAAUAUAAGUUAUACAAGCUUAAGAUCGUAUCUAAUAAUUUCGCAGUAGUUUAUAUAUGUUUAGUA